CUUCCGCUUCCUCCAACCUCAACAGGAAGUCGGCGUACUAGCGUUGAAAGUGAGAGCACCGUCCAAACAAAGUAGCUCCCAGCACCACAGGCGGGGUUCUCGGACUCACAAUGGACGGUGUACAGACUCCCCUGCGGUGUUUUGGGGAAGGCCACCCCGCCGAGAUGUACUCAGACGACGGGGUGGAAAGUGUGACUUCACGGGAGCAGAAAAAGGUUGAACGCAGCAUUGAAGAAGUCAUCAAUGUUUACAAACAAAUCCACAGCAUACCAAAGCCGACAUUGCUGAGGGAUCAACACUACCAGUAUCUCAAGAAGGGCUUACGGCAUUUAUCAGACUCUUAUGAGUGUCUGGAUGCCAGCAGACCAUGGCUGUGCUUCUGGAUUCUUCACAGUCUGGAGUUACUGGACGAGCCUGUACCUGCCAACGUGGCCUCGGACGUGUGUCAGUUCCUGUCUCACUGUCAGAGCCCGACGGGUGGCUUUGGCGGCGGCCCGGCUCAGCUAGCCCACCUGGCGCCCACUUACGCUGCCGUCAACGCCCUCUGCAUCAUCGGCACAGAGGAAGCUUAUGACAUCAUAAACCGGGAGAAGUUGUUAGAUUUCCUAUGGUCAGUGAAGCAGCCAGAUGGCUCUUUUUUGAUGCACGUGGGAGGAGAAGUGGACGUCAGGAGUGCGUACUGUGCAGCAUCCGUAGCAUCACUCACAAACAUCGUCACUCCUGCACUCUUUGAAGACACCACUAACUGGAUCCUCAGGUGUCAGAACUGGGAAGGCGGGCUCAGCGGGGUGCCAGGUCUGGAGGCCCACGGCGGGUAUACGUUCUGUGGCACCGCUGCUCUAGUCAUCCUGGGAAAAGAGCACAUGCUGGAUCUCAAAGCCUUACUGAGGUGGGUGGUGAGCAGACAAAUGCGUUUCGAAGGAGGCUUCCAGGGUCGUUGCAACAAACUGGUGGACGGCUGCUACUCCUACUGGCAGGCGGGACUCCUGCCGCUCCUCCAUAGAGCUCUGUUCAAAGAAGGGGAGACGGAGUUGAGUCGACACAGGUGGAUGUUCGAGCAGCAAGCCUUGCAGGAGUACAUCCUCCUGUGCUGCCAGAACCCAACAGGGGGCUUGCUAGAUAAGCCUGGCAAAUCGAGAGACUUUUACCACACGUGCUACUGCCUGAGCGGCCUCUCUGUAGCGCAGCAUUUUGGGAACAUGGACAGCCAUCAUGAGAUGGUCCUGGGCAAGGAGCAGAACAAAUUGGCUCCUACGCAUCCCGUCUACAACAUCUGCCCAGAGAAGGUGGCUCAGGCCUUGCAACACUUCCACCGGCUGCCCGCCCCGACACGGACCUCCAGCGACGACAGAGCGUCGGGUGCCUCAGAAGACUCCUAGGUCCUAAUCAGUUCUCGGUGCGGACGUCCAGGCACCGAAUGGCGGCCAAGUCACGGGUGGCCACACUGGAAUAAGAAAGUUACACUAUGAUUGAGGAAAUAAAUCUUUUGAAUACUG